GGCAGGCACUGACGCUUAUGACGCUGGUUUUGGUUUUGUCCCGGCAGGUGAUUUAAUCUUCAGCGAUGUCUUUCAUUUUCGAAUGGCUCUACAACGGCUUCAGCAGCGUGCUGCAGUUUCUCGGUUUGUACAAGAAGUCUGGAAAACUCGUGUUCCUGGGCUUGGAUAACGCAGGCAAAACCACUCUGCUGCACAUGCUGAAAGAUGACAGGCUGGGUCAGCAUGUCCCGACACUACAUCCCACAUCAGAGGAGCUGACGAUUGCUGGAAUGACCUUUACAACUUUUGAUCUGGGUGGACAUGAGCAAGCUCGCCGGGUCUGGAAGAACUACCUGCCAGCCAUCAACGGGAUCGUCUUUCUGGUGGACUGUGCAGAUCACACGCGUCUUAUGGAAUCCAAAGUUGAGCUUAAUGCGCUAAUGACAGAUGAAACAAUAUCCAACGUGCCAAUCCUUAUCUUGGGAAACAAAAUCGACAGACCGGAGGCCAUCAGCGAGGAGAAACUGCGGGAGAUCUUUGGGCUCUACGGACAGACCACGGGAAAGGGAAACGUGCCACUGAAGGACCUGAACGCGCGCCCCAUGGAGGUGUUCAUGUGCAGCGUCCUGAAGAGGCAAGGCUACGGCGAAGGCUUCCGCUGGCUAUCGCAGUACAUUGACUGAUACUUGGACAGACAUAAAAGAGUUUUACUCCUCUGGACUGAUCCUGUUCACAGCUUCCUAUGGACUUUUCUAUUAGAACACGGAAGGCUUUCCAACCGCAUUCCGGUGUUGACCAAGAGACUCCUGGUUUUCGGCUGCCCUAGCGCACAGUGGUGACACAACUCUUUUCCACGUGACGGGGAGAUGGCACCAUUCCGCACGCAGGUGCAAGUUGUCCCUUUCAGUUCGGUUACAGUGGGGCUGGUGUGACCUGGGAAGUAAAACUCUGCACGCUGCACUGUAACAGCUGAAAAAGAGCGCACGUCUCACCACUGUGGUUAAUUGACUUAAAGAAAAAAAAGAAAAAAAGCAAUUAUAUUUUUUAAAGAAAGUGUUAAUGUAAACAGCGUCCCUUCUAACUUUUUAGUUUAACGUUCAUCUUGUUUAGUCCAGAGUCUGGUUAGGGUUUUUUAAAAAUAUAUUUAACAAUAUUUAGAUAUUUCACAAAUUACUGAACCAAGGUAUCACGAUAUUAGAAGUCCUCAAUAAACAUAGCAUUUGGGCUUAACUGAGCUGUAGGGUGGCUGUGCUGUGUCACGAAGAAGGGGCCCUGGGGCCCGAGGUGUGCAAUCCGAGCUGCUUCAGUUUACGGGGAUUUUUUUGUUUGGUUUUUUUCAGUCAGAGAGGAGUGCCCAGCCAGCACACCAGGUUUCGGUGUUGGGUGGUGGUGGCCGGCGCUCGCUCCCGGUGAGACGGGUUCCCCCGCUGCCAGGCCAGGCCUCGUCCGAGGGCGUCGAAUCCUCUCGCUCGCACCAUUGCAGCGAGAACCGUGGAGCUGUUUUGGUGGCUGUAGCAUGGAAGUGUUUGACGUUUGCGUACCAUGAGAUUGUUAAUGUAGACUAAACCAGUUUCUUUUAUA